AUUCCCGAUAUCAAUAAAGAAUCGUCUCGACGAAUACUAAUCUUAAGGCGCACUAAGAGGCAUCGGUCGAGAUUCUACGCCUUACGACAUGUCAUCGAAACAUUGCUUACAUAUCGCGUGCAGAUACAGCCGGGGAGUCCAGUCAACGAAGCAACCAAGAAUGACGUGAUUUGGAGUUUACAUGCGAGCCCGUUUGAUUUGAAAUACACUACAACGAGGCACAGACACGGUAGGAGAAAUGUAGAGCCAUGAUGUCCAGACAGUCCAGGUAUAUAAGUCAGGCUGUUUCGACGUCGAAGUCAAAGUCGAGUUGUUGAUAUCAUCAAGCACCAAGCCUUCUCAUACUCCAAUACACUAAGAGCAUCUCAGCCAGUCGAGUUUCCCAUAUUAAUACAUCCCACACAUCCAGUUACAUAGCGUGUAACCCACUCACCCCCCUAUCCCACAAUGGCCAUAACCCCACACCCCGCCCCCGUACCCCGGGGUCCCGUAACCGCCAAGCUGAACUUCUCGCACCCGCUCCCGGCCGGCAUCACCGCCUUCAACUACGUAGACACGCCGCCCGCCGGGGAGCCGCAACGGAACCUAACCCCGAACCCGCGCGCCGUCAACAUAACCGACAUCCGGGGCCGCGAAGCCGACUUCAGCCUCGACCACGACGCCUUCCAAAUCCUGCAGCACAUCGCCCCGUCCGCGGAGGAAAGCGCGUCGAACUUCUUAGACGACAAGUCCAUCGCAACGCACUACUACCCGGAAGUAGAGCGUCUCCUCCUCGACGCGAUCCCAGGGAGCACCCGGAUCCACAUCUUCGACCACACGAUCCGGCGGGCGGCCGCAUCAGCGCCGCGUAAAGCCGUGCAGAACGUGCACGUAGACCAGACGGCGUACUCGGCCGCGAAGCGCGUGCAGAGGCAUAUGGGCGACGACGCGGCGGCGCUUCUGCAGGGACGGUACCGUAUCGUCAAUGUAUGGCGCACGCUGAACAAGAACCCCGUAGAAUCCAUGCCGUUGGCGUUUGCCUCGAGCUCCACACUUGAGGAUGCGGAUGUUGUGCCGGUCGAGCAUAGGUACCCCGAGGGAUAUGUCGGGCAGACGGCUGCGAUUACGUAUAACCCGAACCAGAAAUGGUACUACCUAAGCGGGAUGACGGGAGACGAGCGUCUGCUGCUCGAAUGCUACGAUAGCGAGGGUGCGAAGGAGGGGUCCGGUGUAGCUGGUGGACGGGUGCCUCACAGUGCGUUCGAAGACCCUAGGACGAGGCCGGAUGCCGAGGGGAGGGAGAGCAUUGAGGUACGGGCUCUAGUUUUUGGACCCUGAAGAUGCGCGAUGAUGUAAUAUAUGGAUACCAGACAAGUCACUUUAUAGUUUAUGUGUUUUCUCAUGAGCAGAAUGGACAUUUAGUACAUUUA